CAAACAGCCAGCAAGGAGUUCGAGAGAUCGAGAGAGAGAGAGAGUCAAUGGCUUCCAAACUCUUGAAAAUCAUCUGCAUCUUCUUCUUGAUUUCCAUGCUCUCAGUACAAGUCCUCUCAGUAGUGGAAGAAUGCGGUGACGAAGAAGACGACAGCUGCAUAGACAAGAAGAAAGCUUUGCCACUCAAAAUUAUAGCCAUUGUAUCCAUUCUCGUCACGAGCAUGAUCGGGGUGAGUUUACCCCUCGUCACACGCUCGAUUCCGGCCCUCAGUCCGGAAGGAAACCUUUUCGUGAUUGUUAAGUGUUUCGCCGGAGGUAUCAUUUUGGGUACUGGGUUCAUGCAUGUUUUACCGGAUUCAUUCGACAUGUUGUCGUCCAGCUGCUUGAAGGAAAAUCCAUGGCAUAAGUUCCCUUUCACCGGAUUUGUAGCCAUGUUGUCUGCCAUAGUUACAUUAAUGGUAGACUCGAUGGCAAUCAGUGUCUAUUCUAAGAAAAACAAAGCUGGAGUUCUACCUGAGUCUCAAGGAGAUCAAGAAAUGGCAGUAGUGCACACUGGGCAUUCUCAUGGUCACCACCACCAUGGAUCCAAACUUGAUGUUGAGGGCCCACAACUUCUUCGUUACCGCGUAAUUGCUAUGGUUUUGGAGUUGGGAAUCAUUGUUCAUUCAAUAGUGAUAGGGCUCUCUCUUGGAGCCUCCAACAACAUUUGCACUAUCAAAGGACUUGUAGCUGCACUUUGCUUCCACCAAAUGUUUGAAGGAAUGGGACUUGGUGGUUGCAUUCUCCAGGCAGAGUACAAGUUUAUGAAGAAGGCUAUAAUGGCCUUCUUCUUUUCAGUAACAACUCCAUUUGGGAUCGCACUUGGAAUGGCACUGUCGACUACUUACAAAGAAAACAGCCCUCGUGCUUUGGUCACUGUUGGUUUGCUUAAUGCCUCGUCAGCUGGCCUUUUGGUUUAUAUGGCUUUGGUGGAUCUUCUUGCAGCAGAUUUCAUGGGACCAAAGUUACAGGGUAGAAUCAGGCUGCAAAUCAAAUCGUAUAUAGCUGUUCUGUUGGGUGCUGGAGGAAUGUCUCUGAUGGCCAAAUGGGCUUAGAAAUAAUCAAUUAUUGGGUUAUAUUAUCCAUUAUAAUUUGCAUGGACAUGGAGAAAUAUAGAGAUAAUUUCUAUUUCAUUUUUUAA